GCUCAUCCACUGUUCAUUGACCAUCGAGGAAGAAUCUGAAAUACGUUCUUACACUCGUUUUACACUCUUACGCUACUACUAGUAUCAUUCAUCGUCAUCAAUAAUAAUAUAUACAAGAUCCUCAAAAUCUCUGCAAUUAGAUAGGAAAAACCAUGUCUGAAGAGAAGAGGAGAAAUGGGAAUGGAGGAGGAGGAGUUUUGUACAAGAAAGUAUCACCACCACCACAACCACAACCAUUGGAUGAGAAAAGAUCUUCAUCAACAUCAUCAUCAGAAAAAACUAGUACUACUACUAAGAAAGCUAUCAUCAAAAGUGCUGAUAUGAAAGAAGAUUUACAGAAAGAAGCCAUUGAAUUCGCCAUCUCUGCGUUUGAGAAACACAAUGUGGAGAAAGACAUAGCUGAGUAUAUCAAGAAGGAAUUUGAUAAGAAGCAUGGACCUACUUGGCAUUGUAUUGUUGGUCGCAAUUUCGGUUCGUACGUGACUCACGAGACGAAUCACUUUGUUUACUUCUACUUGGACCAAAAAGCAAUCUUGUUAUUCAAGUCCGGUUGAUUAUGGCUGCAAUGAUGGUAAUGAUGACGGGAAUUAUGAUGGUGAAUUUUUAUGAUUUGGAUGCUUUUGGAGCAACUUGUAUGCAUCCAUUGGAACCUUAGCGUGCAAAAUCUCUACUUCUCUCUAGUCAGUAUGUAUAUUUUAGAAAUCUGUUUCUCAUGACACCAACUCUCCCCAUGAAUCUAAACUUGAUUCUCAUUCUCAUUAGUAUUGUUACUGAUACUGAUCUCCGACUACAUUAUUCCACGUAUAUGAUUCCGUUUGAAUAUUAUGAUGAAUUAUAUUGUAAGAGGUUCAUUA